AUGCCUACUGUCGCGAGUCCUGUGCCGCUUGUGGGUUGGAACACAUUGAAGAAACGUUGGAGACAUUUGGCAGACCUUCCUGUGAAAAGUAAUGGCGGACGCGUGGAUAUUCUUCUCGGCAUAGAUCAAGCACACCUGACGACAGCUACUGAAUCCCGUAUUGGACGAGAAAACGAACCAACAGCGAUCCGCACUCGUCUUGGAUGGAUCGUAAGAGAAGUAAUCGGGACUACAAUCAGAAAUCUGACAGUCAGGAUGCAUGCAGUGUUCGCAAACAUCGAAGAAGAAGGAGCGGCGUUGGCGAAGCAGAUGAGGCGCUUUUGCGAUACCGAAGAUUUUGGGACGGAGUACAAUAUCGAUUGCGUUUCCGAAACAGAUAGACAAGCUAUCAACAUUCUAGAGAGCGGAACACGCAGAUUAGCCGUCAGUUACGAGACACCCAUCACUUGGAAGAUUGGGGAGCCAGAUUUACCAAAUAACCGCCAGUUGGCUGAAAGAAGAUUGGCAACCCUGUUGCACCGGUUCAAACAAGAACCCGAUUACGGUCAGGAGUAUACAAAGACCAUGGAAAAGAACUUCAAAAAGGGCUAUGCUAUUGUGUUGGAAGAUGCCAACUACGGCCCACCGGAGUAUUAUCUCGCUCACCAUGGGGUGAGAAAAUGUACAAAGCUACGCGUCGUGUUUGACGCUGCAGCACCGUUCAAGGGAAAAUGCCUGAACGACAGUAUUCUCAGCGGUCUGGCUUUACAAACCCCACUGCCAUCAGUCAUCCUCAAGUUUCGUGAAGGUGAGAUUGCGUGGGCAGCUGACAUAGAAGCUAUGUUAAGCCGUAUUCGGCUGAGACAAGAAGACGCACGGUACUUCCGGUUUCUCUGGAGAAGAAACGGAGAGGAAGAAGCACGCGUCUGUGAAAUGAAGAGACUCCUUUUUGGUGCUACCUGUUCGCCGUUCAUCGCGAUAAGUACAACCAGAAGAAUUGCUUCCGAUUUCAGUGAUGAUCCAAGAGUAAUCGAAGCAAUAAACAAAAGGAUGUACGUUGACGACUACCUUAGCUCCGCCAAGUCAAAGGAGGAGGGUAUUGAAGAAGCUGUAGGUGUUAAAGAAACUUUAGCAAAGGGAGACAUGCACCUUCAAGGUUCGAUUUCCAAUUCCGGCGCCUUUCUGAAAACGGUUGCACCUACAAGUAUGGGUGUUAGUUCAAAUCUCUCUGAACUUCUAUUAAGCAGUACCGACUCUGAGAAAGUACUUGGCGUCUUCUGGAACCCGAAAUCGGACACGUUGAAUUUCAGAGUAAGCGGGUUGGACGAAUUAGUCUACACUCGCGCCGGCAUUGCAAGUAAAGUGGCAAGUCUGUUUCAUCCACAAGGGAUGGCCGCGCCUCUUAUUGUUAAAGCCAAGAUCAAGAUUAGAGAGCUUGGAACAAAAGGGCUCCAGUGA